GUCCUUUAGAAGCGUACCAAAUUACGAAAGAAGCAAGAAGGGCACGAGAAGUGGCCUCCUCUGGCGAAGGCGCAAGGGAAGCAAGCCUAGCCAUUGGAGCACGUGGAUGGCGGCCAAGCUGGACUACCGGAUCCCACUGGCCGAGGACAGGCAGGGUAAAAGCCGGCGCCUUCGGUUGGAGGAUGCAGGUCUUCACAACUACUCCUGGACAAAGCAGAGCAAAAAGAACUUCAGGAAGAUGGACACGCAAGGAGGUCUUUCCACUGAAGACGCGGCGAAAGUAGUAGUCGCCGAGCACGAAAACCUGUCUGGUGAAUUGGACGAUAAGAAGAAUGCGAGGAAAGAAGUGCGUGAAGUGUACAAGAAGAAUCCAGGCAACUCUCCUUGCCGGAGCAUCUUCAGAUCUCUGGCGCGCCCCGUCUUGGUUGCGCUCUUGAGCACGCAGGAAACUGCUCGCUGCGAAAGAUCUUAGAAAAGACUGGUAGAAAAGCGAACCUCGACGAGAAGAAAAAACUUUUAAACUUAGACAGGAAUGAAAGCGUUUUUAGUCGCGGAUAUAACAAUAAGUAAAGAUCUCGCGGCUCUGCCUUAGGUCUAGCUGUGUGUAAUUUCGUAGGUGGAAGUGAAGUAAAGAGAAAGUGGCA